AACAACAAGGAAUCAAGGAGCCUUUUUUACGUUUUUCGUUUUGGGGGUGUGUUAUCCUGGUGUUGUCUGGUUGGUGUGUACGGCGUGUGACUGCGUGUAGUUGUCAUUUUUUGUUAGCAAAGAGCAGUCGACAUUUUACACUGAAGCGGUCAAUAUCGUACGGCAGUUUGGUCUUCUUCGUCUUACUGACGAAACGAAUCAGAUCGUUACGUCACUUAACGUGGCUUCCCAUUACUUAAACCACUUUACCACAGAAUAUCUUGUUCCUUUUCAUUGGAAACUAGAAUCUCUCUCGACAAAGGUUUUAGUCGUUUUUUUGUUUCGCCUUCGGAGUCGUUUGUCUAUGAGCGAGUCGAUUGGUCGGUUUGAAAUGCUUUUAAGCCGUGGGGAGGCUCAUCUUUUAGGUACAUCUGAGGUUGGCUUAUCCCUCACAACUCCUGCUUCUCGACCUGAGGUUUCCGUCAACUCAUCUUUCCAGAUAGAUGCCAACAACUUACUUGAGGAUGGGAAUGGUUUGGAGUGCCACAGCCCUCCUCUGUGUUUGACUGAAUCUAAAGUGACCUUCCUUUCACUGGGUGCAUUUUCCCCCAGCAAUAUCGGGCAUAGCAAACUUCCUUGCACCCAGCUCAGUUUUGGACUACAACCUGCCAGAACAUUUUGUGAGAAUUCUUGUACUUCAGUCGCAAUCAACGGAGAGCCUCCAAUGUCUAAAUUCAUGAAUCUCGCCAGAAAGUUCAAUUGCUUCUAUUUCAAUGGUGAUCUUCAAAGAUGCAGACCUUUUUUAGUCUGUGGAAAGCAAGUGGGUGUGAUGCAAGCCAAGGUAGUAGAAGCUGCAUGCAGAUAUCCUGAUGUAUUCCAAAUGGAUUCUUCGGGAAUGAUCUCAAUGCAUCCCUCGCUGAAGACGUACGAAGAACGAAGUGCCAGAAUUAACCACGUCCUAACCCAGUGGAAAGAAGAACGUCUCUUCGUUACCUUAAAGGGUUGGCGAAACGAGUGCUACGAAGUAAGGACUGGAUUUGCCGAUCCUCCCCUUCUCAAGAUGGAUCGCUCUGCUGCAUGCCUUUUCGGUGUCCGUCAGUACGGAGUUGAGAUCAACGGAUACACACGUCAUCCUCAACUAGGCAUGUCCCUUUGGCUGCAGCGGCGAGCUCUCACGAAACCCACCUGGCCGGGAAAAUGGGAUAACAUGGUAGCCGGCGGUUUAUCAGUUGGCCAUUCGGUCCUGGAUACAGCGUUAAAAGAGGCGGAGGAAGAAGCAUCUAUUCCUGCCUAUUUGCUGGCUAACCUCAGAUCAGCAGGAUCUGUCUCGUUCUACUUUGAGAGUGAACGAGGACUUUUCCCCAAUACGGAAUUCGUUUACGAUUUGGAGUUGCCAGCUGAUUUUGUUCCGCACAAUUCUGACGGUGAGGUGGACAUUUUUGAGUUGGUACCCGUCAGUCAGGUGAUGGAGAGAAUUUUUACGCCCGAAUACAAGACAACCAGUUGCCCAACGACUUUAGACUUCCUCAUCAGGCAUGGUUUCAUUAAUUCGGACAAUGAACCUCGUCUGCCCGAAUUAGUGGAACUAUUGCACAUUCCCCUCCACUACCUCUACAGCCAGUCUAGCAGCCAGUCACCCAUUUCCCCUAAUUAGGAGUACCAAUCAGCAAGCUCUAAGCUUGACGAUCACUGGUUAAACGAUCACCAAUAAUGCCAUCUCCUCCUUCCCCUAAAAAAAAGUUCUCAUAAAAUCUAAUUUUUCUUGUCCAUUUUUUCGGUACUGGUAAGACUUAAUCUAUCUUGCUCUUGUUGAUUCUUUUUUCUUAAUUUCAAACCAAAGGAACAUCUACUAGGCCGCAUAGCGCGUUGCUGCCCAAUCGCUCUUGAUUGAUUUACACAUAGCCUUUGACUGCCCAAACGUAAACAGCAAGUCGUAUGUUUCUCGCCCCUCUUAUUUUUCUCUCUUCUACCCAUUAGUAUCAUCGGUCGAACUAAUCGCUUUCUCUCAUUUUCUUUUCACCACACAUUUUUUUUUAAACGUUUGCCUACACAUCCGUAUUCCUACCCUGCUCUACCCUAGUUUCGGUCGCUCUUCUAGCAAUACGACGAAGAAAAGGAGGUCUUGUUUAUGCUAAAAAUAUCAACCGAGAUUUAUUUUUUGUUCCGUUUUCACCCAGUCGAAAUUAAAAGGGCAAAAAGUUGCCCAAGGCGUCCUACCUAUCCAAAGAGCAAAAUAGGAAAAAAAAAUCUCGUUGUUUUCUUAAACUAUCAGCAUAGAGGAAGAAAUUUAGAAUUAGGCUUUCACGGAAUAAAGAAAAAAAAACUCAAGCAAAAAAAAAAUUAGUCUCACCUACCAAUAUCACUAUUCUAAAUUUCGUGUUUUUGUCAAACUUUUUUGCCAAGGUAUUUUCUUUUCUUUGUAAUAUUUAUUGAACCGGUCUUCUCUACGCACGCGGCCCGUGCUUUUUCCUCUUUUUAAAAAAUAAGUUACAUGCGUUUAGUUUUUAUAAACCAUACUCACAUACACUUGCCGAUAACUUCUCCCUUUACCUUGUGUUUUGCACUCAUCCUAGUCUCUGUCAGUUGUUCCCAAUUUUUUUCGUCAUCCGCGUAUUUGAGUAUACCAUUUAGGCCUACCAUAUAAUGAAAAGAAGAUUAAAAAUCAGAAUUUCCCGAUAUGAUACACAAGUCCAUGUUUCAACGCUAAAAACAAACAAGAUGAUUGUGAAGAGAAAAGAAAAGCGGUUGUAUGGUCGGAGAGAGUGCGCCUUUCCGUGUAUUUGUAUGUAAAUGAUAAACUGGAUUAAAACAAAAA